UUAUCCUCUGAAGGGGAAGUUUGGAGGUGAGAAAGGAAAUUAGCUUGACUGAGGUAGAUUGGAGCCUGGUGUAUGGAGUAAAGAUCUAGACAUGGGACUUGAGCAAAACCUGGGAGUUACACUGUUACUACUGAAGCUACAGUCGUCAUUGCUUUUGUCCCUGUUCUGGGAAGCCACUCCAGUGUUGGCCGUGUUUGGGAAUAAUUUACAGAAUUACACAUUCUCUCACAUACUAUUCUGCCAGAAUGGAGAAUCCUCUUUGGGUCUGUCAGAAAACUUCAAUGGGGACUAUCUCUUCUCCUUUGACUUCUCCAAGAACUCCCGGGUGCCCCGGCUGCCUGAAUUUGCUGCUUGGGCCACUGAUAAAAGAGACAUCAAGACCAUAGAUGCUGACAAGAAUCUUUGCCAAGAGCUGCAACAUCAAUUGAGUAGACUUUGUAAAGGACGGAUCCCUGAGGCUAGAGGAAACCCUGUGGCUGAAGUUUUCACUCUGGAGCCCCUGGAGUUUGGGAAGCCCAACACUCUCGUUUGUUUUGUUAGCAAUGUCUUCCCACCUCGUAUAACCGUGACCUGGCAACAUGAAGGAGUCUCUGUGGAAAGCAGCAGCCCCACCUUUCUCUCAGCUACAGAUGGACUUGACUUCCAGGCCUUUUCUUAUCUGAACAUCACACCCACAUCCACUGAUAUUUUCUCUUGCACUGUGACACAGGAAGGUGACCUCUUCAGCACUAUAGCGUUUUGGGUGCCUCAGAAUCCAAUACCCUCUGCAUUGUUGGAAAAUAUACUGUGUGGUAUUGCCUUCGGACUGGGCAUUGUUGGUAUCAUCGUAGGUGCUUCCCUCAUCAUCUACUUCCAAAAGCCAUGUGUAAAUGGUGCAGACUGAAUUGUUGGUGCCUGAGCCUUGCUUUCUUCACUUCUGUUGCAAUCAGCUCUACAGGAGGCUUCCUUGACUCACAAACUUUUUCUAAGGGAUUUCCUUCUGAGGGGAGAUGGGGACCCCCACAAGGCAAAUCUUUCAUUGUGGAGCUCAGAGGGACUAUAGCCUAUUACUGAGGGGCUGGUAUAGUGUGAAGAUUAUCAUAUACCUUCCCCCCUAUUUGUGAGAAUAAAGGUU